AAGCCAUUCCAGCUUUCUAGCUCCGCACACGCCUCUUUCCCCUCUCCUCUGCGGUCGGCGCCUGCCAUGCCGUCGCCCUCGCUCCGCCUCGCCGUCGUCGGCGCGGGUGCGGCCGGCCUGGCGGCGGCGCGUGAGCUCCGCCGCGAGGGCCACGUCCCCGUGGUCUUCGAGCGCGCCGCCGCCGUGGGGGGCACCUGGCUCUACGCCGCCCCGGCGCCCGCAGCCGCCACCGACCCGCUCGGCGCCGCCGCAACCCACUCCAGCCUCUACGCCUCGCUCCGCACCAACCUCCCCCGCGAGGUCAUGGGCUUCCUCGACUUCCCGUUCACCGCGCCCAGCUCCGUCGUCGACGCGCGCAGGUUUCCCGGCCACCAGGAGGUGCUCCGGUACCUUGAGGACUUUGCGCGGCGGUUCGAUCUGUACGGGCUCGUCAGGUUCGAGACGGAGGUGGUUGGAGUCCGGAGGGAGGCCGGCGGGAGGUGGGCGGUGACUUCGAGGAAGCUCGGGGAGAAGGGCGAGCAAGACGAGGAGGUGUAUGAUGCCGUCGUGGUUUGCAACGGGCACUACACAGAGCCUCGCAUCGCCUCCAUACCCGGGGCAGAUACCUGGCCCGGAAAGCAGAUGCAUAGCCACAAUUACCGUGUUCCCGAGCCAUUCCUUGAUCAAGUAGUGAUCGUAAUCGGAGCCUCGGCAAGUGCAGUUGACAUUUCGAGAGACAUUGCAAGCGUUGCAAAGGAGGUUCAUAUUGCUGACAGAUCAGCACCCGCUUCCACCUGCGAACAGCAACCUGGAUAUGAUAAUAUGUGGCUCCAUUCCAUGAUUGACCGAGCACAGGAAGAUGGCAGUGUGGUGUUCCAGGAUGGCCACUCAAUCAAAGCGGAUGUCAUUAUGCACUGCACUGGCUACCUGUAUGACUUCCCAUUCCUUGGCGAUGAUAGCACCAUUUCUGUGGACGACAACUGCGUUGAUCCAUUAUACAAGCAUGUUUUCCCUAUAGAAGUGGCUCCUGACCUAUCUUUCAUCGGAUUGCCGUGGAAGGUCAAUUUGCUUGCAACUUAUGCUCUUCUGUGCAGAUGCACUUACAACUGCCUUUCCAAUGCUCUAGGAUCUAUAACUCGCGGCCUCUGUUUAAUUCAGGUUAUCCCUUUUCCACUGUUUGAACUCCAAAGCAAAUGGGUUGCUGGUGUUCUGUCUGGACGAAUCAAGCUUCCAUCCAAAGAUGAAAUGAUGGAAGAUGUCAAAAACAUCUACUUGAGACGGGAAACUCGUGGAUGGCCUAAGAGAUACACCCACAAUUUUAGUGGUGGCUAUCAGUUUGACUAUGAUGAUUGGCUCGCGGAGCAAUGCGGCCAUCCACCAAUUGAAGAAUGGAGGAAGCUGAUGUAUGCUGCUAAUUCCAAGAACAAGGCAGCUCGUCCGGAGACGUACCGUGAUGAGUGGGACGAUGAUCAUUUGGUGGCACAGGCAAAUGAGGAUUUCAAGAAAUACCUAUAAUCUAUGUUGUGGAUCCUGAUUCUCAUCCCUAUUUGGAGAUAUUUUACAGGUCAAAUAUGUUCAGUGCAUACGAGGUCCCAAAACUAGAAUGUGAUUUCUGAUCCCCAUUGCUUUGACUUGUGAAUCAGUUCAUAAUUUGAAGAUUCCUGAAUGCCAUCUCAAAUAAUGCUCAGUGCAUAA